AUGACGUACGAGGCGGCGCUGCGCCUUGUCGACCUCGACGACGACCAACAGCAGCAGCAGCAACAACAACAGCCGCCUUCGAUACGGCUCAUCGAGAUGCAUAACAUCGACAUCGUGCGCAUCAUGGCGCUCGAGGAAGACUCGUCCGGCCUCGAGGUGCUGUUUACCGUCUACGUGACAUCGCAGUCAGCGACGUCCAUCACGACGUCCAUCACGACGUCGGUGGCGUGCUACAGCGGCGCCAUCAACACGGCCUCUCAGCAGCUCGAUACGGCGCAGGCCUGGCUGACGGCGCACUUUACCAGCAGCGUGCGCGUCUUGCUGGGCGCGGCUGACAAGAAGGCGCUGCCAUACCGCACCGCGCCGCUGCUGCCCCUCGAUGCCCUCGACAUGGACGCCGUCUAUGCGAGCCUCGACAAAGAGGGCUUCAACUACUCGGACUUGUUCCGCGCCAAGUCGAUGCUGCGCCGGCUCAACCAUUCCGUCGUUACCGUUUCGGACCCUCCGCCUCCGGUUGUGGCUGGGACGGCAGUGCGUGCGUCCAUCCACCCAGCCCCUGUCGAUACCGCGAUCCAGGGGCUAUUGGCGGGCUUUUCGUUUCCAGGCGACGGUCGCAUCGGCACCACAUAUCUGCCGACGCGCAUCGAGAGUGUCAGGAUCAGCAUGGCAGCUCCGUCAAAGUCGGAGUCAGGCCCUGUCCUCACGGCCGACAGCGUCGUAAUGUCGGCAGACGGAGCCACGCUAACAGGCGACAUUGACAUAUUCGACGCGGCAGACGGGCACACGGAGGUGCAGCUGCGCGGGGUGCGCAUGAAGGCGGUCGGGCAGCGGCGGACGGACCGAUGGCUCGAAAGCGAGCUGUACGAGCAGCUAGUGCGCACGGCCUACUUCUAUUCGCGGCAUCUGCGCAGCAAGAUCCGGCCCGUCGAGCUGAUGCUGAUGGGCAAGUUCCGCAAGCACCGUGCCGCACAGCCCGCCGACAACAACGACAUGAACCUGCUGCACGCCAUGGGCCAGAGCUUGGUACCCAUCGUGCGCGGCACCGUGCCCCCCCUGAAGAUGCUCGUGCAGGACGGCAUGUUGGACCGGCUGUACUUUGAGGGUCUGGGCUUCAAGGACGGUAACGUUGACCUGGGCGCCGUCGUCGGGCAGCUGGGCCACCAACACCCUCGCAUGCGCAUCGUCGAGGUCGGCGCUGGCACUGGCAAUAUUACGCGCACCGCGCUGUCAGCGCUCGGCACAAGAUACUCGCAGUACACGUACACGGACAUCUCGACGGGCUUCUUCGAGAACGGGCGUAGCAUCUUCAGCGCCCCUGCCAGCCGCCUUGCCUUUAAGACGCUCAAUAUCGAGAACGACCCGUCCACACAGGGUUUACUGCCGGCUUCUCUAGACACUUUGCCGCCGCUCGGCGAGAUCGUCAUCAUCGGUGGCGGCUCGAAGCUUGCAACCCAGACGCAGGCCCUCCUGCGCGCCGCUGUCCCCACGACCAAGGCCGUCGCAAUCAUACCAAGCCUCGAAGAAGUUGGGGAGCUACCCUCAUGCGCGGCGGUGCUCUCCUUGAGCGAGCUAGUGGCAGGCCCCGCAUUCCGCGACAUGACGGCCGCACGGUUCCGCGCCAAGUCUGGAAGGAACCCCGAGGCCAACAUCACGUUCCUUGAUAUUGACGACGACGUCGACGACCCGGUGGCAGCAGUCGACCCGUCUCUGUUAGCGACACUGUUCCUUUGCCUUGCGUUCACGGAUGACCGCCAGACGCCAGAAGAGGGCCCGCUCUGGCCAAUGGAGCCUGAGCUUGCCUUGAAGGGCGGCGCUGUCUACAUCCCCCGUGUAGUCUCGCUCGACGCCGUCAACCGCCGCUCGGCUGCGCGGCACCGCCCCAUCACGCAGACGGUCAGUCUCGCGGAGUCAAACACGGCGGCAGCAGCCUUACUAGCCGAGCGCCCGGGCGGCGCAGUCGAGCUGCAGACCGUUGAUCACCAGCAGAUUCUUCCCCCUACAUCAGGCAGCCCUGCAGGCCAAGACAUAGACGAGAAGCAGCAGGCGUUGCCGCUACUGCAGCUGCAGGUCACGGCAUCGUCACUCUGGGCCCGCCGACGAAGCGGAAGACGACACCAAAACGGGAAGAAUUCGGCCAAGCUGCUGCACAGCUUCCUCGCGCAAGCCCUAGCCGCACAACUACUGCGCGACGCGCAGCAGCAGCAACAGGCAAAAGCUGCGCCAGUCUGGAUCCACGGCGCGCCACAGGGCCUCGGCGUCGCCAUUUACGCCGUGGCCCGUGAUAAUGUCGCCUUCAUCCACCCGUACGCUAGCGAGCGAGACCUGCAGCCAACACCGCCAAACGAGGCGCCAGUGGCGCUGAUCGGGCGUGCUUCUUCCUUGUCAGCCUUUGCUACUGUUGUAAACAUGGAGGUUAAAGAGCUGAUGGUCGGGUUGAGUCUCGCGGAGCUAAGCAGUCUAGCGGCCAUGCAGCAGGUCCGCCUUUACAAGGAAGAAGACGAAUACCCCGAUGACAAGAACAAGAACACCGUCACGGCCGUGGUCCGCCCGCUCUCGCACAGCGGCCUGUUCUCUCCUGACAAGACGUACCUGCUCUUCGGCAUGACGGGCGACUUGGGUAUCUCGGUGAGCGGGCGGAUGGUGGCGCAGGGAGCGCGACACAUUGUGCUGGCAAGCCGAGCGCCCCGCGUGCCGAGCAGCGUGGUGUCGUACUUUGCCACGCACCACGGCGCCGUGUCGGCAUACGCGGGAGCGAAUCACUUCAUGGCGGGGCUAGCGCGGUCGCGCCGGGGCCGCGGGCUGGCGGCGUCGAUCGUGCACAUCUCCGUGCUGACGGGGUUAGGCUACAUCUUCCGGCGCGACGCGCAUUACACGUCGGCCAUCGACAAGGCGCUGCUGCCGCGGCUCGUGCGCCAGGCCCAGACGGACCUGCACGAGAUGCUGGCUGAGGCCAUCAUGGGCGGCCGUCCCAACUCUGGGUCGGUGGCCGAGCUCAUCACGGGCAAGCGGCUUGAGGACAAGGCGUCGCAAGAGCGGGCGACAUCGGCGGGUACGGUGAGCGUGCAGGUGCAGCUGGUCGCAGCUGGCGACGACUCAGCGGGGGCGCUCUCGGUGCUGCAAGAGCGGUUCACGCAGGCGCUAGGCGCCAUGCUCGAGAUGGACGCGGAACAGAUCGACGGCAGGGGGCCCGUGGCCAGCCUAGGCAUCGACUUGCUGGUCGUUAUCCGCAUCCGCAGCUCCCUGACGUAUCUGUGUGACGAUGUCUUGAUUGAUUGGCGAAAGCGCGUGAAAAGGGCUGCCGAAGAUGACAAGGAUAAGGACAGGACAAGGCGAAGGCCGAGAACAAGAAGUGAUCGCUGGUUAUCUGAGUAGAGGACUGCGAGGGGGGCACCCACUUUGGAUUUCUUUGGGAUUUCUUUGACGCAUUCAGCUUUGGCUUCCAAGGCAGAUUGCAGAUUGAACCAUGGUGGUUCUUCGACGUUGUCGGUGGAUGGUGGGAUGGGGUUUCGGGUUGGAAUUUUAAGUUGG